UUUGAGAAUGGUGAUCUCCAGUGAAAACGAUGUGUUGAUGUGCUUUUCGUUGUUUCCAACGCUUUGGAUGGGCAUGGAGCUAUUUUUACCAGCGAUUGAGGAUGCGAUCCAGGGAUUUUGGUGUUGUUCCCGGUCAUGUAUUCCCCUCCUCUCCAUUUCGCAGAUACGGAAACAUGGAGGCGCACUUUCUUGUUAUCAUUUCAAAGCCUUGGUGUAGUUUUUGGUCACCUAAGCAUUGGUCCCCUUUAUGUGUUACACACGGCGUCUUCAAGCGAUAUGACAUUGGAUACUCUGUUUGGAAUCUUAUCCUUCAUAAUUUGGACCAUGACAUUGAUUCCAUUGGUGAAAUAUGUUUUUAUAGUCCUGAAAGCUGAUGAUAAUGGAGAAGGUGGGACAUUUGCUCUUUACUCAUUACUAUGCAGGCAUGCAAAAGUUGGUCUUCUCCCUAAUAAUUGUGAUGCUGAUGAUGCACUUUUAGCAUAUGAAAUGGGAAGAUUUUACAAAAACAAUUCGGACACAAAGCAUAAAUGGACAAUCGAGAAGAGUAAACAGAGUCGGUAUCUGAUGUUGAUGGUGGCUUUGCUUGGUUCUUGCAUGGUCAUUGGAAAUGGAGUUCUAGUCCCUGCUAUUUCUGUUUUGUCAGCGUCACUUAAUCUGGAUGACUCCCUUGCAUCAAUAUCUUUUAAGUCGGCAGAGCACCGUGAAGCACAAUUUGAAAAAUAUGCACCAGUUCCUACUGCUUGCUUCAUUCUGGUUGCCCUUUUUGUGUUGCAGCACUUUGGAACUCAUAAAAUUGGUUUUCUUUUUGCGCCAAUUAUUAUUGUUUGGCUCCUUUUCCUAUGUGGAAUCAGUGCUUACAAUGUUUUUCAUUGGAACUACCGUGUUCUAUAUGCUAUCUCUCCUACAUAUCUUUUUAAGUAUUUGAGAAACAUUGACAUUAGAAGCUGGCGGUCACUUGGUGGUGUUGUUUUAUCUAUAGCUGGAUCUGAUGCAAUGUUUGCUGAUCUGGGUCAUUUCUCAAAAAGGUCAAUCAAGAUAGCCUUCAGCUUUUUAGUUUAUCCUUCCUUGGUGUUAUGUUACAUGGGCCAAACUGCAUUUAUGUCUAAAAAUUGGGAUCCUAGUAGAAAAGUCUUGCCAUCUCAUCUUGUAGCAUCUAUGCCAGGUGGAACUAAACACAUUUUCACACUCCUGUCUGUACUGGCAUCUGUUGUCGGGAGCCAAGCAACUAUUACUGCUACUUUUUCAAUAAUAAAUCAGUUGCAGGCACUUAAUUGCUUCCCAAGGGUGAAAGUUGUUCACACCUCUGAGAGGAUACAUGGGCAGAUUUAUAUCCCAGAUGUCAACUGGAUAUUAAUGGCACUUUGUCUUGCCUUCACAAUUGCCGUCAAAGAUGUUGCUAAUAUGGGAAAUGCCACUGGCCUUGCUGUAGUGAUUGGCAUGCUGAUAACAACUUGUUUUAUGUCACUAAUCAUUGGUUUAUACUGGGGGAAGGUGUUUGAAGCAACCCUUUUUCUGGUGUUCUUCGGGUUUGUUGAAGCUGUUUAUCUUUUAGCAUGCAUACUGAAUUUUCAGAAAUCCGCAUGGGUGUUUCUGUUCUUCAUCCUUUUUGUUUUGAUAAUCAUGUUAGCAUGGCACUAUGGUACAGUGAAGAAGUAUGAGUUCGAUGUCAACAACAAAGUUUCUAUUGAAUGGCUUACAAAUCUAGGACCAGGCCUUGGAGUUGUUCGACUUCCUGGUAUCGGAUUUGUAUACAGUGAUAUCAUGACAGGAAUUCCAGCCUUCUUUUCCCAUUUUGUGGUCAACCUUCCUGCAUACCAUCAAGUACUUGUUUUUGUGUCUUUUAAGCCUGUGCCAGUACCUUCUGUUCCACCAAGCAAGCAAUACAUUAUCGGAAGAAUGGGGUCAAAAGAGUUCAAGGUUUACAGGUGCAUUGUGAGGUAUGGAUACUGCGAUAGUAUUCGUGAUGUGAACAUAUUUGAAGAUCACAUAUUUCGUGCUAUUGGGGAAUUUGUUUCAUUGGAAGACAGAGAUCCUGUGCCUCCUAAUUUGCUUGAAGACAGAUUGAUUGUUACAGGGAAUUUGGAUCAAGAAGGUACUGCUUUUAUAACGGUGACUGAUACUACUUCUAUUGACAACAAUUCCGAUCAAGUAGAUGAAGAAUCUCCGAAAACAGGCAGUGAACAUUCACAAAUUUUGCCUUCUACAACAAGGAGAAGGAAGGUGAGGUUUCUGUUGCCUCCGGAUAGCCCUCAGAUGAGACCAUCAGUGAGAGAGGAGCUACUAGAACUGGUGGAAGCAAGGGAGCAUGGUAUGACAUAUAUAUUGGGACAAUCACAUAUUUUCCCACAUCAAAGAUCGAAUUUUCUGAGAAAGCUUGCAAUCAAACUAUACAUUUUUCUUGGCCAUAACUGCAGAGACCCUUUAAUGGUUUUGAACAUCCCACAUGCUGCAUUUGUUGAGGUUGGUAUGCCUUAUUACCUGUAAUAUAUCAUUGGGUAUAAAUGCUCAGAAGUUAAAAUCUCAUUGCAUCAUGGAAGGGUGAUGCUUUUAUAUACUUUUCAUCAGUUUACAAACAAUAUAGCAUAUAUUUUCUGUAAUUCAAGUGUUUGUAAAUUUUGAGGGUAUUGGAUUGAAUUUUGUUGUUUAAUAGAUUCAAUGUCUAUAUAGUACUAUUGAUUUUGCUGCAAGA